GAAGCCGGAAAGGAAUACAGCAUGCUUCACGCUGGUUACUACACCCUGCGUCAGCUGCGCAUCGAAAAGUUUUACGUCUACUGGGGCCAGGACAUCAAUGCCACCGUGACACCCAUGGAGUGUGGCCGCGCAUUCCGCGUCGAUUUUAAGCACUCCGUGGGAGGCGAGGCAAGUCUCUGCGAUUUUGUCAAG